AUGCCACCGAAACGAACGGCAAAUGCUGCGUCAGGUGGCGGUCGAAAAAAAGCAGCUGCUGCCUUAUACGAAUUAGCUGAACCAUUUUCAUCUGGUACCGUUCUUACUGAUCUAUGUCGAAAGACCUGGUCUAUUGGACAACCCAUUGGGCAAGGUGGCUUUGGUUGUAUAUAUGAAUGUCGAAGUACAUCGUCGAAAACUCCCGUUUAUGUUGUGAAAGUCGAACCAGAGUCCAAUGGUCCACUUUUUUGUGAAAUGCACUUUUACUUACAAUUAGGAAAGAAAACGUUGCAAGAUACUUUUAUGAAACUCAAUCAGCUUGAUCAUCUCGGUGUACCACAAUUGGUUGCUCAUGGAAUGCACGAUAGUCUAACAACAAAACGUCGUUACCGAUUCUUAAUUCUUCCACGUUAUAAGCAGACACUUGCUGCUGAACUUCAGCUAACAAGUACAAAUGUCGGACACUGCCUCGACGACAAACGUGUUCAAUCAAUUGGCAAACAAUUGUUAGAUAUUCUGGAAUAUAUUCAUUCCCAUGGCUACGUACAUGCAGAUAUCAAAGCUGAAAAUAUUCUUAUGAAUGAUAGUGAACAUAUUUAUCUACUUGAUUAUGGUCUUACUCGAAAAGUUUCGUCGCAAUAUGAAGAGCGAGCUCAGCGAAGACAUGAAGGUACUCUAGAAUUUACAUCUCUGGAUGUUCAUCGAGGUGCUAUGCCAUCGUUUCGUGGUGAUUUGGAAAUCAUGUUCUAUAAUAUGUUACAUUGGCUCGGUGCUCAUUUACCAUGGAUGACAGUCACCGAUGGCGCACGUGUGCAACAAGCAAAAAUGACGGCACGUAGUGACCCAGCUGGCUUUAUACGAAGCGUUUUUACCACUAAAAGUACAGUUUCGUCGAAAAUGUUAGAUACGUUGACACAAUUUUUCCGCGAAUGCAUACAAAUGAAUUAUACGGAUAAAGGUGAUUAUCAACGUUUGAGAGAAAUCAUAACUGGAAAGACUCGUCAACGUCGUUCAUCAUUCGGUGCUGUUUCUUCAAGAAAACCAUUAAUGGAUUUAGAAAAUGAUGAUAAAGAUGAAGACAAUGACGAAGAAUACAAUAAUAAAAAGGAACCAGAGAUACUGAAGAAGCGAACUUCACGUCGUUCUACAACAACAACAACAACAACAACAGCGGCAGCAGCGGUGGCAGCAACAGCAGCAGGAACGUCGAUGACUCGAGCACGAAGCGUCUCGCGCAAUCGUGAUCAAAGAAAAAGUCGCAAUGAAACACGCUCACCAUCACCACCAAUCCAAAUACUUUCUGCACGCACGCCAACGUUGAAAACAUUUGAUCCCAUUGCAGUUCGAUCAAGAAACAAACCGUCUCGUUAUCAUCAUGAUGACGAAGACGAUGAAAACGAUAUUGACAUGAGUGCAAUUCUCAAUCCAAAACUAAGUUCAACACGUAUCGAACGACCAACAAGAAGUCACGCGCCAAUGUCAACUGCACAACCACAACCGCCCAAAGUCACCAAUGAUUAUUACAAUAAAACCUCGCACCAAAAUGCUCAUACUACCACUCAAAGCAAACAGCCAAGUGCGUCGAGCAAUGCCCGAACUAAUACAGCUCCAAAAAGCGAAAGGCAGCAUUCAGAUAUUAUUGAAAAAGUUCUUGCUGGCAUACCAUUGACAGACAAGGAAAUUCGAAGUGUGAUUCAUCGAUCAAAAUAG